CGCGGGUGGCUGUACCUAAACGUUUGUCGGAGAGGGACCCUUAAUAAGGGUAGAUGGCGGUGGCGCUUCACUUCUCCCCCCGCAACAGUCAUUCCUAAGGUCCGGCAGGUCCUGAAGUGGCGAGUCUGUCAGCCCCACCCGGCGGCUAGCCUCCUUUUCUCCAACGCCUGUGCUGGCCAGCCUGGCCCAGUUAAUUGUCCGCUUCAGAGCAUUAGCGCUUGGGAGCGGCCGCCGGAGUGGCUCCGAUUCUAUGCGCGUCUAUUAGGAGGCGCACGGUAGUGAUGGCGGCGCUCAGUGAGGCUUUCCUGUCACUGGAUACUACUACUCCCAGCCCUCCUAGAAGCCGCCGGAGCAACCCCCUGGUCUUUCGUUUACAAGUAGCAAUUUGACUUGCUCUGCUGCAUGUCAAGAGGGACCGUGGAAAGUGUGGAGACGCCCCGGGAAUUAAGCGAUCGCGGCUUAAAAAGAAAAAAAGCCAAACAAACAAACAAAACCCACCCACCCUAACAAACAUGAGGCUGCUGGAGAGAAUGAGGAAAGAAUGGUUCAUGAUUGGAAUAGUGCUGGCGAUCGCCGGAGCUAAGCUGGAGCCGUCCAUAGGGGUGAACGGCGGACCGCUGAAGCCAGAAAUAACUGUCUCCUACAUCGCUGUGGCAACAAUAUUCUUCAACAGCGGACUCUCAUUAAAAACAGAGGAGCUGACCGGUGCUUUGGUGCAUAUAAGGUUGCAUCUUUUCAUUCAGAUCUUUACACUUGCGUUCUUCCCAGCAACGAUAUGGCUUUUUCUUCAGCUUCUAUCAAUCACACCGAUCAAUGAAUGGCUUUUAAAAGGUUUGCAGACUGUAGGCUGCAUGCCUCCCCCUGUGUCUUCUGCAGUGAUUCUAACCAAGGCGGUCGGUGGAAAUGAGGCAGCAGCAAUAUUUAAUUCAGCCUUUGGAAGUUUUUUGGGCAUCAUUGUCACACCCCUGCUUCUGCUGCUGUUUCUUGGCUCAUCCUCGUCUGUGCCUUUUACAUCUAUUUUUUCUCAGCUUUUUAUGACUGUUGUGGUUCCUCUCGUUAUCGGACAGAUUGUCCGGAGGUACAUCAAGGACUGGCUUGAGAGGACAAAGCCCCCGUUCGGCGCUGUCAGCAGCAGCGUGCUCCUCAUGAUCAUCUACACGACGUUCUGCGGCACGUUCUCCAACCCGAACAUCGACCUGGACAGACUCAGCCUUGUCAUCAUCCUGUUCAUCAUAUUUUCUAUUCAGCUGAGUUUCAUGCUUUUAACCUUCAUCUUUUCAACACGGAAUAAUUCAGGUUUCACACCAGCAGACACUGUGGCCAUCAUUUUCUGCUCUACACACAAAUCCCUCACAUUGGGAAUUCCGAUGCUGAAGAUAGUGUUUGCCGGCCACGAGCACCUCUCCCUAAUAUCCGUGCCGCUGCUCAUCUACCACCCGGUCCAGAUCCUCCUGGGGAGCGUGCUGGUGCCCACCAUCAAGUCCUGGAUGGUGUCACGGCAGAAGGGAGUCAAGCUGACGAGGCCAACAGUAUGAUGAAGGGGUGCCCGGUGUGCAGCGGUGUACGCGUGUGCAGGGUGCACGGACAGUCGGAGGACUUGUGCUUGUGAAUGUUGCUCCAAUACACAUUUUAUUUUUUUAUACAAAAAUGAUAUAACUGUCGAAGUGCCUUAAAAAUGUAUUUGACGAGAGCAUUAUUUCCAAAACGUACUUUGUUGGUUACUGCCAGAGGUGGUACAGCAUUUUGGAGUUGUUUAAUGUUUUUUUUCCCUAACGCAGGGAGCAGUCGUCGUACGUGACACAGCCCCGCCUUUGUGCAAUGCAGCUCUGUGCGAGUUACCGUACCGCUCGAAAUGAGGUCACACCAUCAGAAAAAUGCUCUUCUGAUGACAGCGAAAACUUCCAAAGUCUGACUCACAAGUCCUUUGAUUUACUGCGAGAUUUUUUUCUACAACUGUGACAUGCCUCUUAUCGCCCCAGCAGGGGUCAUAGACUGCAUCGAUGCUGAAAAGCAUAAUCUCUCUGCGUUUCUCAGCAUCGUUUUUGUAGACAUUCCUUCAGAUGGUUUCCACCCAGCAAUUCCUCUGUUCCGUGAUAAGAGAUUGUGAUACUUUAUGUCUUAAAUUUAUUAUAAGCUGCUUCAAAGAAGAGGCCUGAUAUUUGAGUUAGGAGUAAAUUAAGUGAAGUUUUGAGGUAAACUACAGGAUUUUUAAAAAUAUCUUUCAUGUGUUUUUUUCUUUUUCCUUCCGUAAUUUCUUUACUGCUUUCCAACACACUCGCAAACUCAUAACAGCCAAAUGUGAGACACUAAAAUGUGAUAAUCAGUUUGAGCGCAGCAAUUUAAUGAUAGAUUAUAUGCACAUUCCACAACUGAGAAUAAAAAAUUUUUCCUGUUACACAGAUGUGCCGAGCACAAAUUGCCCCUUUUAGCCAGAAGCAGCCUGUUACAUCCUGGAAUUAAGCACACUUAAGGCAUUUGAGACAAGUUAUUAAUGAGAAUUUCCUUGGCAGGUUUGACAAAUGUUUGCGACAUUUUUUAAAAAAUUAAGUCAUAUUGCUCUCAUGAAUAAAUGGAAAUAUAAAGGUCAUAGAUGCAAACAAAUGUUACAGAUCCACAUGCUUUCUAGUCAAAAGGGGGGAAAAAUGGGCACAGAAAAUGCAAAACCAUUCAUUAACCAAAAUAUCAAGUAAAAUUAAUUCCCAACUGGGCUUCCGUGUUCAAAAGAGUGUCCAGUGUUUGCUUCUGCUGUGGCUGGAGGAGCUCUCACUGGGCCCGAGUAGAGAAUAAAGCAGCAGCACCGAGAAAGGGAACGCUCUUCCCCCGUUUCCUGUGCGCGUCUGUCACUUCUCCUCCCCACGUCCCGUCCUGAUGAGACAGACGACACCGGCAUCCGGGGUCGCGCUGAGGCCGCACUCUGCCCUCGGCAGCUGCGUUGUCAUUGUUCUGUCAGCAGAAGAAAAGGCAUUCCUUAGAAAACUACCCACUUUAUCAACAGUGCAGACUUUCACCUGGUCGCAUCUCGGAGUUCUUCCAACUCAUUUCGACAUCACUGAAGUUCAUAAGAACUGUCCUCAGUGUCCAUUUUAAAGCUAGUGCCAGACCCUGCAAAAAGGCUGCGCUAACCAGGCUGUUCGUCAAGAAUUUCUUGUCGACACUUUCACUUGUGUCUGAAACUACAAUAAUUUUUGCUUGAUGCUUUGGAUGCCUACCUAUGGAGCAUAGAAAAGGUUUUCAUGUUUUGUUCCUGUCAAUUUCUUUGAAUUUCAGAGUUAAUGAAGCUGUCCGAGUUAUCAUGAAAGCUGUCAUUUGAAUACUGAUUUCCCCCAACUUAUCUACCUCUGUCAUCAAACACCUAUCGUAGGUGUGUGAUUAUGGGACAAAACUCAACUGGAAAUACUAUGGCAUCUUUUGCUUUUAAAAAUGCAUUUUGUUUUCAAGUAAUCUUUAUGUGGUGAAUUUUGUUGGCUUUAGUGGUAUGUUUAUACCUAUUUUUUUUACACAAGUGCUAUGGCAUAUUUUUCCAUAAAGAACAAAAAACAAAAUCAAAAUUUAUUUUUAAUUCAUGUUUAUUGGGAUUGAAUUAUUCGUGUCUUAAAACACUUCCUUAUGUUUAUGCACUGUCAACUGUCUGUUUGAUGCAUUUGUUUCGUCUAAAUGUAUUUAUGAAAGAAAUACAUUCGAUUAUAUUUAUGUUUACCCAUUUUUCACCAGAUUUUUUUAAUGGCUGUUAUGAAAUUUGAUUUUUUUUAGUGGGUGAUAAUGUUAAUCUAUUCACAUGUUCUUUUCUAAGUUUUAAAAUGUUGUGGGUUUUUAAAAAUUCUUUCCUAUUCUAUUUAAAACUAACACACCUCUGGCUAAUGUUCAGUGUUUGUUUAUGCUAAAUACCAAAUUUUUUCAAACAGAUUGGGAAGGUAAUGAAGUGGAUUAUUUAUGAUGAGUGGAAGAUGAAAAGAAUUCUAUGAUUAAACAAAGAGAUGUUUCAGAAGUCA